AUGAGCAGCACCAGCGCCAAGUCCAGCCACCUGUCUCAGCCCGUGGUGAAGAGCGUGUUGGUGUACCGCAACGGAGACCCCUUCUUUGCGGGUCGUCGCGUGGUCUUCCAUGAGAAGAAGGUGUCCAGUUUCGACGUCUUCCUGAAAGAGGUGACUGGCGGCGUCCAGGCACCCUUUGGGGCGGUCAGGAACAUCUACACCCCGCGCACCGGGCAUCGCAUCCGGAAGCUCGACCAGAUCCAAAGUGGGGGCAACUACGUGGCUGGCGGCCAGGAAGCCUUCAAGAAACUCAAUUACUUGGACAUAGGAGAAAUCAAGAAAAGACCAAUGGAAACUGUAAAUACAGAGGUAAAGCCGGUAAUUCACAGCAAGAUCAACGUGUCAGCUCGCUUUAGAAAAACACCCCAGGAACCCUGCACCAUCUUCUUGAUUGCAAAUGGAGACCUCAUAAACCCAGCUUCUCGCCUCCUCAUCCCCAGAAAAGCCUUGCAUCAGUGGGAUCACGUACUGCAAAUGGUCACGGAGAAAAUAACUCUGCGAAGUGGAGCAGUGCACAGACUUUAUACUUUAGAAGGAAAACUGGUUGAAAGUGGAAUAGAGUUGGAGAACGGGCAGUUUUAUGUGGCCGUUGGCAGAGAUAAGUUUAAGAAAUUGCCUUACACUGAACUACUUUUUGACAAGUCAGCAAUAAGAAGGCCUUAUGGUCAGAAAGCCUCUUCACUACCUCCUAUUGUAGGAUCCCGAAAGUCUAAAGGGAGUGGAAAUGAUCGCCAAUCAAAGUCAACAGUCGGAUCCAGUGAUAAUUCAUCUCCUCAGCCCCCAAAAAGGAAAGGAAAAAAAGAUGAUACAAAUUCAGAAAAACCUACAAAAGGCAAACAGAGUGUAAAGUUAAAGAAUUCAUCGAAAGCAGUUCUAAACAGUGAUGAGGGCAUUUUCAAAGCUGGAGCAGAGCGAUCUGAAACGAGGGGGGCAGCAGAAAUCCAAGAAGAUGAAGAUACUCAAGUUGAGAUUCCAGUUGAUCAGAGGCCAGCAGAAAUAGUUGUUGAAGAAGAAGAAGAAGGGAAAGAGAAAAAGGAUGUCAAAGAGAAAGAAGACUUCUCAGGGAUGAAUGGUGAAGUUGAAGAGAAAGGAGGUGAGGAGAUGACAGAUGCUCCGGAGCAAGCUGAGGAGACCACAGAUCUCAGCCAGGAGCAAGCAGGUCCUGCUCGGGUCAGCGGAGGCACCAACGAAGAAAAUGGCGAGGAACUGGACCAGGUUAAUAAUGAGGUUCUCGAGUCAGUAAAUGAGGGAAAAAAUGCUCCAGAAGCUGGCCAUGGGCAAGAUGAGGCUGAUUCAGACUCACAACGACCACUAAGACCAGAAGUGAAAAUCACCAGCCCCCAAGAAAAUGAUAACAACGAGCAGAACAAGGACUAUGCUGUUGUAGCAUAGGUGGAUUUUGAAAAGAGUAUAUUGAUGAUAAGAAAAAUGAAGGGUAUAAUACUUGAAUAUGAAGUCUAUAGUUAUUGCUAAACAUAAUGUGACAAUAGGGGUGAGACUACCAAUUGAAUUGUAAAAUUCGAGGCCUAAUGGAAAGACUAGAUAAUUCUGAAUAGCGUCUAAGGAGACUGCUGGUGAUGGGAAGUGUUUUAAAGUGUAAUUUAGAAAAAUUAAGAAGCAUGGAGGAGAAUUUGCACUGGGAGCCAAUGGGCUACUUCUCUUUGUAAAGGAUGAAAAAUAAUAGGAUAGUUUUAUUAUGUAUUUUCUUAUAACUCUAGAAAUGAAUUAAGUGGCAGUUUAUUUAAAAGCACUUAUCUAAGAAGGCAUAGGAUUUUAAAGAUGUGGUGAUAGGAAAGCAUGUAUUAUAUAUAUUUUUUAAGCAAUAAACUCUUGAAUAAAAAUUUGUAUGUUAGUUUCAGAGAUAAUUUGGAGAUGGCAAGAGUUUGUUGAAAUGUUUCCAGGACUUGUAGACAAUCCUUUCUGUCUUCCUUCUCAGCCAAAAUCUGCUUUGAAACAAUGAAAAAGACAGCACAAGGCACUCAUUUUGGAAAGAGGAAGCAUUCAUUCCAUGUUCUAGUGACUGAUACUGUGGUACUCCCUCCAGCACUUUGGGGGACACACACUGAGGAAGGUGUCACAAGGGAAUAACUGAUGUCAUUACUGAGCCCAGGUGGUGGGUUGCCAAGCCAGGAUCCUAUGGAUUUUCACCAAUCCAUUUUAACUUCAUCAACAAUAUCCCUUUCUUCUUUCCUGUGCUGUUAUGUUAGUAAACUCAGUACUGACUAUUCUAAAAAUUUGAAUUAUCUCCAGUUUUUUUUUUUUUUAAUCAAGCAGAUAGUAUAAGAGAAAGGAAAAGGUUGGCUGUGUGAGAUGUUGGUCACUGCUCAGCUUUACUUGCUUUUUGCCUUAUUAUUAUUGGGCAUGUCAUAUUUUUGUCCCAAGAGAUAACAGAAAAUAUUUGUUUUCAUGGCUGUUUAUGUUUAGACUUUUGAGCAGAUUUCAUGUCAUUUCAAUCUGCUUGAUAAAGAGUUAUUGAAACGAGUUUUAAAAUUGCCGUAAUGAAACCUGUUCCUGAUUACAGUUUUGUGAGCUUAUUAAAUUAACUCACAAUUACCUUGCUAGGUGUAUAUGAGGAAAACACCACUGUAAGUGAGUUUUCUUUUUCUUUUUUUAAUUUU